CAUGUAAGCGAUACUCAACAUGUAUGGUCAUGUGAUAUUAUAUGUUCAACCACAUUUACUGGUCAUUUUGUCAUUUUGUUAAUCUUGUCAUUAAUACAUUUGGAAAAAAACAAAAUGUCUCUUCGUUCAAAACGAGUUGUUUUUGAGAAGGUUUUUGCCGAGUUUAGGCAGGAUCUAGAGAAAAUGUUUAAUUUCUCCGGUUUAGAUCGAGUGUCAGGAAUGAAAAUGUAUCAAUUGGUGUAUGAUAUGUGCACUGCUGCGCCAAGACCACAUACCGAGAAAUUGUUUAAUGCUAUAGCUGAUUUUUUGAAUGAUUAUACGAUCCAAAUAAGAGAGUCAAUUUUAGAUCAUGAUGAUGUAGUGAGCGCUUAUGCUAGAGAAUGGAAACAUUAUAGUCUAGCUGCAGGAUAUUCUAGUAUGAUGUGCGAAUAUCUUAAUAAACUUUUAGUAAAUGGUACAAAGGAUAACAAAUCAAGGGGUAUGGUUGAUAAAAAAACGACCGUACAAGGUGGCAAUUAUAGACGACAAACUGUUCAAGCAUUGGCAUAUAAUAUAUGGAAGAAGCAAAUUGUUUAUACAAUAAAGGAAAAGAAUUCUGAUCGAUUCAUGCGUCAAAUAUUUGAAUUGAUUCGAAGAGAUAGAGAUGGAGAAGAUAAAGUCCCCGACAUUGUCUCAGAUGCAAUUAUGUCACUUGUUGAAUUGACCGAGCAUCCUUUAAGUUUAUACAUUGAAGAAUUCGAAAAACCGUAUUUGGUACAUACGCGACGAUAUUAUGAAAGGGAAUCUGCUACAGUAAUAGCCAAUGCUAGCAUUUCUGAAUAUAUGAAAAAGGCUUCUCAAAGGCUGGAUGAGGAAGUGACACGAAAUUCGAAAUAUUGUCAUAAAUCGUCACAUGAUACUGUAAUCAAAGAAUGCGAAACGCAAUAUGUAGCUGCACAUCAAACAAGGAUACAAGGUGAAUUUGGGGCCAUGAUAUCAAAUGAGAGAUAUGAAGAUUGUACGAUGGCCUAUACACUCUUAUCACGUAUUCCAGAUGGUGUAAAUCCCUUAUUAGAAAUAUUUGAAAGAUAUAUUACAAAUAUUGGUAAUGGAUUGAUAAUCAGAAUGGGAAAUUCUAUUGCCAAGGAUCCUAGAGAAUAUGUAGAAUUUCUUUUAGACCAUCACUCAAAAUAUCUAACAGUUUGUCAAAAAGUUUUUGUCAAUGAUGCAGCUUUUGUAGCCGCAGUUGAUAAGGCUUUUAGGACAAUUGUUAACGAUGUAACUAUAAAUCCAGUUGCUCAUUCUCCCGAGGUUAUGGCUCGUUAUUGUGAUGUUUUAUUGAAAAAAACUCACAAAGGAGGAUGGAGUGAACAAGAAGUUGAAGAUAAAUUAAAUAGAAUGAUUAUUCUUUUCAAGUAUAUCGAAGAUAAGGAUGUUUUUCAAAAAUUCUAUUCUAGGAUGCUUGCGAAACGUCUUAUAUAUGGAAAUUCUGCUUCAGAAGAAGCAGAAGCAAAUAUGAUUUCCCGAUUAAAGAAUGCAUGUGGUGUUGAGUAUACUAGUAAAUUACAAAGGAUGUUUACUGAUAUCACAAUUAGUGCAGAUGUCAAUAAGGAUUUUGCCGAAUAUGUAAAGACAAAUCCUAUGAAUACUGGAGUCGAUUUUUCUAUUUUGGUAUUAACUGCUGGUGCUUGGCCAUUAACACAAGUUUUAACUACUGAAUUCCAAUUACCAACAGAGUUGGAAAAAAGUGUGACACAUUUUUCAACUUUUUACAAUAGUAAACAUAGUGGUAGAAGACUGACAUGGUUAUGGCAUUUAUCUAAGGCUGAUGUGAAAUUAACAUAUCUUGAUAAACGUUAUGAAUUUUCCGUGUCACUUCACCAACUUGGAGUUUUAUUAUUAUAUAAUGAUGCUGAUACGUUUACCUUUAAAGAAAUAAUAGAACAUACGGGACUUAAUGAUCAAGAAUUGAAAAGAGUUAUAAAGCCAAUGAUCGAUUUAGCAGUAUUAAUUGUUUCAACACCUGGAACAUUUAAUGAUGAUACUGAAAUAAGAUUAAACAUGGAAUUUACAAACAAACGAAAUAAAAUUAAGGUUAGUUCAUCAUUACAAGCUGAAACACAACAAGAAAAUGAUGCAACUCGAAAAGCAGUUGAUGAUGAUCGAAAACUUUAUCUUCAGGCUGCUAUUGUACGUGUAAUGAAAUCACGAAAAACUUUAACACAUCAACAAUUAAUAAAAGAAGUUAUCGAACAAGCAAGAUCAAGGUUUACUCCUAGUGUACCAAUGAUUAAAAAAUGUAUUGAACAAUUAUUGGAAAAGCAAUAUAUUUCAAGAACAAAUGAGAAUAAAGAUAAAUAUAUUUAUAUGGCAUAAAUAGAAUUGAACGAUCAUUAUUAUUUAGAAUUUUAAUAAUAAUUUUUUUUUUUUUAAGAUCAGAUCAUUAUUAUUGUUGUUAUUAUUA